AUGGCUUUCACACAAAUUGGAUGUUCCUCUUCAUAUAAAAUGACAAUAUGUCCACGAAACCCAUACCCAACGACAAUGUCUAUAAAUAAUGAUGUUAAACAUGAUGAAGAUGGAUUUUCAACAAAUGAUUAUGGUAUUAAACCCAAUUCUUGGGAAUGUUCUGAUUUAAAAAAUGACCUAACCCAAAAUGAAGCACUUAGUAACAAUCAACAAUAUCAACAAGAACUAAUGAAUGUUCCAUUUAUUACAUCACAACAUAAACCAUAUCAAAAUUUAGGAUAUACUGGUAAAAAUUUUGUCAAUAAUUUACAACAUUCAAAUAGAGAAAUGAAAGAGCCGGGUAAAAAUGAAUUGGACAAUUUAGAAGUAUUUUCAUCAGAUAGAUUAACGCAUAGUUUAAAUUAUUCAAAACCUACUUCAUUAUACCAUCACCAUGAUCAGCAUCAUGGUGAUGAUGAUGAUGAUGAUGAUCAUCAUCAUCAUCAACAAGAACAACAAUAUGCUAAUCAUUUAAAUUAUCCUUUAAAUGAUCAAAAAACGAAUUAUAAUCUUUAUCAUCAACCAAAUAAUGAUCCUGUAUUACAUUCAUCAAUAUCUAUGCAUUUUCAUGAACCAUCCAUUUAUUUUAGACAACCGAAAGAAAUGAAUAAUAAUACCUCAGAGACUAUAAUUUCAAAUUAUUCAGAACAGGAAAUAAUAGAAAAUAAAUUCUUGUCAAAUGUAAACAUACCUAACUCAUUAGAUCAUUUAUCCAAUUCGUCUAAAUCAACAUCGAUAACAACAUCAACAGCAACAACAACAACAACACCAUCAGCAGCAGCAGCAGCUGCAUCAAGAGCAUCGAUUGAAUUACAUAUUGGAGAAAUGAAUGAAGUUCAUUCAAAUCAAUAUGGUAAUCUAAGUACAGAUUUUCAUUUAAUUCAUAAAAAUGAAAAUGAUUUAACAGAAUUUUCGAAUUAUACGCCAUAUUUAAAUAAAUUAUUUUCAUCUAAAGUAUUAUUUAAUCAUAUACAACAACAAUCAUUAAGUCAACAGCAUACUACUGAUAAUAAUUUAAUAAGUAGUAGUGGUAAUAAUAAUAAUAGUAAUGCAUGUACUAUAACAAAUAUUAUUAAUGAUAAUCUAUAUACUAAUAAAAAACAUCAUGAUUCAAACGUAUUAUUAUUAACAACUACUUCACUUUUUCCUACUCAUACUACUUAUACUACUGGUACAUGUAGUAGUAUCAAUGAGGACAAUUCAAAUCAUAAUAAAAAUUAUACUACUACUACUACUACUACUACUACUACUACUACAAUUAUGGAUUAUGAAAAAUUUCAACCAAAUGAUUAUAAAUUAUUAUCUGAAAAGGGUUUACUGAAAACAAUAGAGCAUCACUCUUCGUCUUCUUCUUCAUCAUCAUCGUCAUCCACUUUCGAGUCUCGUGAUAUAAAAUAUCCUAAUACACAAAUAUUAAAUGAUAAAAUACAAUCAUCAUCACUAUCAAUAUCCUCUUCACAUUCUCCGAUAAGAAUAAAUGAAAUGAAUAAUUCAAAUAUAAUAAUGACAUCAAAUAAUUCAUUAUAUCGUUGUAUACCUUCAAUUCAUCCUCCAACUGUAAAUGUUUAUUCACAAGUUAUAAAUUCAACUCAUUCAAAACAGCCAAUCUAUCCACGAAUACCAACAAAUGAUUUGUCAAUAGAACAUCCUCAUUUUCAUAUACGGAAUAAUGGUAAUAAAACUGGUAACAAUAAUAUUAAUAAUAAUCCAUAUCCAUUCAGUGGGAAUUUACCACAUCCUCAUCAUCAUCAUCAUCAUCAACAACUUCUAUCUAGAUCAGUUCAAAAUUCUAAUAAUACUCAUUUACAUCAUUCAGUUUAUUUAAAUAAUGGACAUUUAAGAAAUUUCAACCAAACUAAUGGUUCUAGUAUUGGACACACAAAUCAUCAUGGAUUUACUUAUGGUCUUGAUGGUACACGACGUAAAAAUGCUACUAGAGAGAGUACUACAACAUUAAAAGUUUGGUUACAAGAGCAUAUGAAAAAUCCAUAUCCUACUAAAGGGGAAAAAAUAAUGCUUGCUAUUAUCACAAAAAUGACAUUAACACAAGUUUCAACAUGGUUUGCAAAUGCUAGACGACGUUUAAAAAAAGAGAAUAAAAUGAGUUGGCCACCAAAAUCAAUUGGAAGUAAUCAUAGUAUAGAACAGAAAAGUCCAAUCAAUUUAAAUUCCGCACAAAAUUCAAAUAUAAAUCAUCAUGUAAAUAAUGAAAAAUCUAUUGGACAUUUAAUGAAAUCAACUAAAAAAAUUCAAAAUAAUCAAGAUUUAAAUGAAGAUGAAAUAAUUUUAGAAGGAGAUGACGAUGAUGAUCAUGAUGAACAGAUGGUUGAAGAUGAAAUCGAUGGUCACAAUGAUAACGAAGAUCAUAAUAAUGAUGAUGAUGAUGAAGAUGAUAAUGAUGACGGCAACAACGACGACGACGACGACGAUGAUGAUGAUGAUGAUGGUGAUGACGAUAAUGAACAAAAUGAUAAUGGUGAAUUUGAUGAAGAUUAUAAUGAUGUUGUAGAAGGUGAUCUUGUAUCGAAUAAACAUAAUUGUAGACAAAAUUAUUUAAAUUCCUCACAUCAUAAUUUUCAAUCAAUUCCAUCAUUUUUAUCGCAUUCAAAUCAUGAUUCUUCAAUUUGUGAACAAUCUACAAAUCGUUUUAAUUUGAAUAUAAUUCCAAAUGAAAGAAAUUCUGAAUUAUUUCAUUAUACUACUAAUACUUAUCUUACAUCAUCAUCACAAACAUUCCCACAUUAUAGUCAUUUAUCAAAUGUUCAUUAUGAUGAUAAUAAUAGUCACAUUGGAAUACGUAAUUCACACACAAUGAAUGAAUGCCUACUUUCUAAUAGUACUGAUACUACUACUACAAAUACUACUAAUACUAUGCAUAGUAGUAUUAACAGUACGAGUAUUGAAACGAAUAUACUUUCUAAAUUACAACCUCAAUCAAAAUCAUUUCAUCUUUCAUAUGAAAUUCCUUCAGAUAUGAAUCAAAAUUCUUUAUAUUCAACAAUGAAAUAUCAUAAUUCAGUUCAUUCUACUAUUUCAUCAUAUUUACCUACAAUUAUACAAUCAUCAACAUAUUACACUUCAUCUAUACCAAUCAACAAUACUACGAAUACUACAGUGAAUUAUCCACAUUCAAAUCUUGUAUCCUCCUCCUCAUCAUCAUCACCAUCAUCAUUAUCAUUAUCAUCGAAUUCAUUGAUUCAUAAUGAACAAAUUCCAUUAAGUCAAUCUAUUAAUUAUCCACAUUCUUUAAUAUUAAAGCAUAAUAAACAAUCAUUAAUAAAUACAGAUAUGAUAUUCCAAGUUAGAGCUUGGCUGAUGAUACGGUUUGGUGAUUUCCGUAGUAAUCGAUAUAUUGUGCAUACUGAUAUUGAUGAUGAUGAUGAUGAUCAUAAAUUGACUAAUGAACAGUUUAAUAAAUCAUGUAAAAUUGAACUUCAAAUGAAUUUAACUCAUUUUCAAUAUGAUUUAAUAAAUCAAUUCAAAUCAUUUGGACAAUUGCUUGCUCCAUUUGAAGAUGGCGGUAUUUUAAAUUAUUUAUUUGAACAAAUUACUAUUAAUAGUAGUAACAGUAGUAAUAUUGAUAGUAGUCUAUUACAUAAUGAUAUGACAUCGAUUUAUGAUAAUCAAUCAAUAACAUUAUUAAAAUUGAUUGAAAUCAAUGAUACAUUUACAUUUUUAAGUAAUACAAUUAAUUCUAUGUUAUUUCAUAGUAUACAAAAUAUAAAUGCCUAUAAUGUAUUAUUAAUGAAUCCGAAUGAAUUCAAUACAACAUUCAUAAAUAGUCAGAAACCAUUUGUAACUAGGAAAUUUAUUGUCUUGAUUAUUAUUGAAAUUUUAUUGAUUUUUAUUUGUUUCUUAUUAAGUAUGUGUUAUUUAAUAUUCUUAUAUCCACCUAAUUGUAUUCAACGAAAAUCAUCAUUGAAUUAUAUAAAAUAUUUAAAAAUUAAACAAGUUUUAAGAGAUCCAAAGUAUAAGAAUGAUAUGAAUAAUUCUAAUAUAACUGAUAUUACAUCAGAUAGUUUAUCAAAUAAAUAUAUACAAAAUAAUGAAAUGUCAAGAUAUACUACUGAAUGGAUGUUUAGAAAUGAAGAAAAUAUUUCAACCAAUUCAUCAGAUAUUUAUAUUAAUGAUCCAACAUACAAUCGUCAACUAUCUAAAAACACUUUAACAAAUUCUAUUAAUUCAUCAACAUUCACUAAUCAUAAUGAAAUACAACAACCAAUUCAAAAUCAAAUCCCUUCAUCAAUGAUGAUGAACUCAUUACAAUUCCCUAGUCAAUUGAAAGUAUAUCUUAUUUUAAAAAUAAUAGUCUAUAGUUUAAUUUGUAUAAAUAUAUUCCUGAGUAUAGUAUGUUUCUAUGCAAUGGAUAGUAGUUUUAUACAUUUUCAACCUAAAUUCAUAGAUAAUACAACAAAUCCAACUGUAAAAACAUUCAGAAAUUUAUUAAUGAAUGAAGUUGUAUAUAAAUUACCUGAAUAUUUACAAGAAAUGAUCACUCAAGGUCAAAUAUAUACAAAUCAAACAUUUAGAAUCAUUGAAAAAGAACUUGAUAAUCAGUUAUUGAUAACUACUGAAAAGAUAAUCCAAUCAUUGCUUGAAACAUAUCAACUAUCACCUGUAAUUGAAUCAGCUGAAUCGAUUUCUUAUAGUAUCAAUGAAACAGUAACAGCUAGUCAAAUUAUUAAUGUACAACAGAAAACACUUCAACAAGAUAUGAACAGUUAUAUUGGUGAAUUACGUGGUUAUGCUAAUAUAUUGAAUAAAACAUUAGAUUCAAUAUGUGGAAAGUUGAAUGAAAAUACCUUAGAAAAAGUGACAUGUAAACAGUUACAAUUCAAUAAUUCAAUUUUAUUAAUCAAUGUUGAUACAAAAUUAUUUGAAUUUGAAUCCAGUUCAAUUUUGGUAUUUUUAAUGAAUGAUUUAAAUAUUAGUUUAAAUUCAAUAACCGAUCAAUUUAAUCGAAUUAAAAAUUUAUUAAAUCUAAAAAAAGAUGAAGUGAUUCAAAGUAUGAAAUCAACAUUCAGUUUGAAUGAUUACUUCAAUCUAUUUACAUCUAUAUGGAUAUUAUUACAACAAAAUAUUGUGGAUAAAUUAAAUUCAUAUUUAACUAUCAAUAAACAACAAGAAAUUGAUCAUUAUUUAAAAUUAAUUAGUUAUGUAAUAUCUAUCAUUGGUUAUGUAAUCAUUACAUUGAUAUUAAUGUUAAUUACAUUCUUCUUAAUUUAUUGUAUACUUUAUAUAGUUGAUAUUUAUAAUAGGAAUUUAUUUACUAAACAAAAUGGUAUAAAGUAUGAUCCAUCUCAAUUAUUUACUCUACAAAUUCAAGGAGAAUUUCAUAAGAAAUUAUUUCUUCUUCAAUUAAAUCGUUCUAUCUAUUUACCUCAUAUUAUCAAUUAUAAACAUAUUCAAUAUCUAACUAUAACUGCUUUAAUCAUAAGUCUAUUAUUUAGUUUCAUUCUAUUUCUUCUUUAUAUGAUUUUACCAUUGUUAAUCUUAUUCGAUACAGAAUUAUGUCGUUAUCUGAAUACAGAUUCUGGUAUAUUAAUUACAGAUUUCAUUCUUGAUUUAUAUCUACAAUAUCAAUGGUCAAAUUUUACAUUAUUAUCAAAUGAUGAUUUAUUAAAUUAUAUUAAUUUAUCUCCACCAAAACAUGUUUAUUCAACAAUUCGUAAUCAAUGUCAACCUAUUAUGUACAAUAAUCAUGAUCUGAAUACUACUACUACUAAUACUACUGAUAAUACUACUAACAAUACUACUAAUACUACUACUACUAAUAGUAAUAAUAAUAAUAAUAAUCAUACAUAUCGUAAUUAUAAUUUAUUAAAAUUACUUAAUUAUAGUCAAAUUAUUAAUUUUGAUAAACUUUUAUAUUCAUCAAUAAUUCAAGAGAAAAUUAAAGAUGCUGAAAUCUCAUCUGUAAAUAAAAUCAUUAAUAUGGACCUUGUGAAAUUCAUCCCGUCUGAUUUGGAUAGUUUAACAUCUAUUGCUAGAAAAUUAUCUGUUUAUCUAGAUGGUAAAAACUAUAAACCUACUAUUCAAGAAAUUAUUCAUUUUAUAUCAAUAAAAUCAAAUUUAUUGAAUUAUUUAAAUGAAAUAAAAAAAUUUAUACAAUUCAAUGGAACCAUGUUUAAUUUAAUCGAUAUUAUUGAUCAGAUCAAUAAUUCAUUAAUUAUGUAUGAUCAAAUUACCAAAUCAAUUAAUCCAUUAAUUAAUUUAUUUGAAAAACUUGAAAUCAAUAAAAAUUUAACACAACGACUUGAUCAAAUAUUGAAUGGAUUGAAUAACUUCAAAAAUAUUUCAUCUGAUCCUCAAAGAUUGACCGAAUCCAUACGUUUAAUAUUUCAUUCAUCUAUUCAAUCUUUAUUAAAUCAUACAAGUACAUUAUUAAAUAAUCAAUUUGAACAAUUAUUUGCUAAUAUUAUACCAUGUAAUAAUAUUAAUAAAAUAUUAAUGAUCAUAUUAAAUCUAUUUUGUAAUAGAACAAAUAGUAAUAUAUUAAGUUUAGGAUGUUUUAUAUUGAUUAUAUCGAUAUCAUAUUUUUUAUUGAUUAUUACAUUAUUUAUUUUUAUUAUAUAUUCUAGAAAACAUAUUGAUUUAUUGAUUUAUACAAAAUGGGAAAAUAUUCCAUUAUAUAAUUCUGUGAAAUUAUGUUAUAAACUUCUUAAAUAUAAUUAGUUGUUUG